AUGGUAAAGCGAUCACGUUCAUCUUUAUCAUCUGAUACAACACCGUAUAAACGCCGAAAAGAAACAAAUAUCGCUUUAGAAACUCUCGGACAGUAUUUAACGAAUGACAAGACAAAUGCAACAAAUAAUACUGGAAAAAAUAACACUAAAUAUAAUAAAAAUGAUACGCUAAGUUUAACUCUUGCCAGAUUAAUCAAAGCAAAAUAUUUAGACGGAAAUGUUUAUGACAGAAAUAGUAACUUAUCGGAUGGUAUCAAUUGUGAUUCACACGACAAUAAUGGUUUUAUUAUAAUUUUAACUAAUACUGGACGAGUAGUGGUUAUCAGUGAUGAUGUUGAACAUCAUUUAAGAAAAUCUGUACGUUCAUUAUAUCCACAAAUGACAAAUAUUUACGAUUGUGUAGAUAAAAAUGAUAAAAUUCAAAUUCAAAAUAUGUUAUCCAAUCAGAGUCUCGAAAAUGAACAACAAGUAUUGUGUACAUGGCAUUUGCCACGUGGAAAACGACCAAGCAGAACACAAAUGGAAACAAAAACUAUUUUAAUGACUGGUCAUUAUCAUCAAUUUAGUGAAUGUACUGAACCUCUAUUUAUUGCACGUUGUCAAUCCAUAUUAGCAAGUACACCAAAUAUGCCUAAUAGUGCUCAUAUAUUUAAAUUAACAGUAAACGAUGGAUUAAUUGUUAAAGAAGUAUCGGAAAGUAUUGAAACUACACUCCAAUAUUCAGUUUCGGAUUUAAUUGAAACAUCGUUAAACCGAAUUGUUGUCACAGAUGAUAUUAGAAUAUUAGAGAAAGCAAGAAAAAAUUGUGUUCACAGACGACAUUGUUCAACUAUGUGUGUAAUUGAUCUCUAUUCAAAAACGGGUCAUCGUCUUACGUUUUUAUGUAACAUGCACAUGUUACUUGAAGGUAGACGGAAAGCAAUGAAAUAUGGUCUCAUUCUACAGUUAAUCGAUUCUUCAUUACGAAGCAUUUUUGAAGAUUAUGUUGAAAAACAAAAUAUUUCCUCAUCUUCACGAGUUAUUCUAAUGCCAAAACGUACUAGUUCUAGGGAUCAAUUACCUUCUACACAAGAUUUAUCGGUGAUGACGAACGCAGUAUGUCCUGUGAUCGAAUCAAAUUUUUACGAUAAUAAAGAAUCAAUAGUUUUACUAAAAAGUGAACCAAUGACAACUUGUAUUGAUUUAACAGAUUCUAAUAAUUCAUCCGAUAUAUCAAAUAUCGAACUAGUAAUGAAUAUUAAAAGUGACUGUUUAAUUCCACCAUAUUCUUCAUACACUUGUUCAUCGGAAUACUAUCAAUCCACCUAUGAUCCAACAAAUUUUAAAUUAGAUGGAUCACUAACGGGAGACUUUCUGAGACUUACAAGCGAAGAAAUUUAUGAUACUUUUCAAAAAAUUGAUAAUCAAUAUGAUUUUAAUCAUAUAGGCAUUCUUCUACAGUAA